GCUUUGUAUAAAAUUCCAUCUAAAUUUUUUAUAGAAUCCAAGGGCGAUUAUUAUGCAAUUUUCCUGAUUAAUGUAAACAUGUAAAGAAGCAGUGCAUCAAAUAAUGUAGAGCUUACAUGACAAAGUCCAACAAAUGGACAAGAAAGUGAUAGAAAAUUGUUCUCAGGAAGAAAGGAUUCCGGAAGCACUAGAAAACGUUGUCGGCAGGGCGAAUCGAACCGAAUUCGAUGCAGUCCAUCGCAGAUUUACUGAACCAAAGGACCCAAAGUUAAUCCGAGAAUAUCAAGUUGCCAACGAUUACUACUGCGAUCAGUGCCGGUUGUUCUUUGCACCGGACGUUGUAGGUCUCAGGACACACUUUAAGGAAGAUAUGGUGCGACAUCGACCAGUGGGAAAUUGCUUUUAUUGUAACGGCCCCGUAUACGCUUAUUAUUAUAACAAUAACCGAAGAAUACAUCAUAACUGCCGUAAUCGUAACCAAACUUAGCUGUACCUGUAUGUAAACAAAGAUGGCCGUCGAUGAAAGAAACUUUCGAUCUGCAUACUACGAAAAGGUUGGUUUUAAGAGUGUGGAGGAGAAGAAGUCGUUGGAGAUUUUGCUAAAGGAAAAAACGCUGGAUCGUGUAAAAUUGAAACAAUUCUGUUUGCGUUUCUCGGUCCCUUCGGUCUAUCGAAAUUUGGUGUGGAAAGUUUUGUUAGAUAUUAUUCCCCCGCACGUGAAUUGCCAUCCUUUUGUAAUGGAUCAAAGACGACAAGAAUGCAAAAAUAUGAUUCACUCUCUGCACGUUAUGCGCGUUGUCGAUUCGACAAUGAGUAAACCGCAGUUGAUGUACGCCAUGUAUUUAUUGCAGACGAAGAAGUUGAGGUUUAGUGUCAACUUGAGGGUAGAGAAUGGGUUUACUCAAAUUGUUCAGUCGUUGCAACAGUUCUUUGAAGAUGAUGCCGAUCUGUAUUGGCUUGCAAAGUGUUUGUAUGCAAAUACCCAGAGGUUCAAGCAAGAUAUACCUAAGCUUAUAGAAGCUACAAAUGCUCUGUUAGAGAAGGAAGACAGUACACUUUACAAGCACUUGAAGAAGUGCGAAAUUAUAAAUGACUUUCUGAUAGAACGAUGGUUUGAUAGCUCUUUUGCUGGGUUGCUCAAGGAAACUGCUCUAGCAAGGAUCUGGGACAAACUCUGCGGUGGUUCCUGUUCGAUAUUAGUAUUUGUUGUGAUAAUCCUUCUAACAAACCAGAGGCACAAACUUCUGCGUUGUACUGAUUCAAGAAACGCUAUGGAGUGUAUCUCAAAUUUACCAGAGGAAACUGCAGAAAUAAUAGCCAAUAAGGCCAUAGAAAUGUGGCAACAACAUGGUAGUCCUCUCACGGUUCAUGAUAAACCCAAACCAGCUAAUACAUAAAUUUUGUUAUCCCCUAUUGUUUAUUUUACAAACAAUUGAAAAGUAUUAUUUAUAGCUAAUGUAAUAAAAAAACGAAUAGAAAAGUAUCAAGUGACAUCUUA